AUCUGUCAAAAUGCGUAAAUUAUUUUCGUGAUUUGUUUUUGAAUUAAAAUUAAUUCUAAUUACGUUUAACCAUGGAUAUCACAACAAAUAUAAACCUAGAAAAAAUAUGCAGGACUUGCUUGCUUGAGUCCCCGCAUAUGGUGGCUCUGUCCACAAAAAUGGAAGGUAACAAUCGGACUCUGUACGAUGUGUUGAUUUUCGUUCUCAAUAAUAACGUUGCUAUCGGUGAGAAGCUUCCAAAGCAGAUUUGUGGAGACUGUGAGAUGCUGUUGUUCCGCGUUGAGGAGUUUAAGAGGCGCUGCAAUGAGUCAGAGAACAUUUUGAAGGAGUUAGUCGACGCCAGCCAGUCUGGCCCAUCGCAACUUAUAAAGUUGGAAUCAACCUCUAAAAUAGAGAAGCAGGCGACGUUCGAGCACUUUUUAGAACUUAACCCUAUCAAUGUGAUAGAUUCUCUAAAGGAAGACUCAACAGCAAUGUUACUUGAGCCUGUAAAAGUAGAUUCUAAGGCUGAUGUGAAAGCUGCUAUCAAAGAAGAGUUUUCUGACUUCUCUGAUGAUUUAGACGAUGAUAAUUAUGAGGAUGAUAGCCAAAAUAUAACGGAGAACAAGAAUUACCACUGUCCGUGCGGUGAAAGCUUCACAGAAUUGGACCAAUAUCAAAAACAUAUGGACAGUGAAAAGUGUUCAAAAACAUCGAAAUCUGACCUUUUACUCAUACCAGUCAAAUGUGGACAGUGUGGCCUAGUAUUUAAAAACUCUGAAGACUUCAAAAAACACGUAAAAACUCAUAUCAAACCGAAUUCCAAGUAUUUCCAAUGUAAAUUAUGUAAAAAGAAAUUCACUAAGAAAUGUAAUCUCCAAACCCAUUUAGAUAACAAAGUCUGCUCCAAACCAGUAACGGUUAAGAAAGAAAAGCAAAAAGUCAAAGAAAAACCUACAAACAGUGUGUUAACGUUCAUUCCGAUAAAGUGUGAGCAAUGUAACAUAGUUUUUAAGAACAUGAAAACCUUUAAAACUCAUACUUUAACCCACAAAAGUGCGCCAGAGUUCUUCCAAUGUUCGCAAUGCAUGAGGAAGUUCAAAAAGAAAUCGUCACUUAUUACGCACAUGAGAAAUCAUGAGGAAAGAGACAAUGUUAAAUACAUUUGUGAUAUUUGCAAACGUGAAUUCAAGUAUCAAGCACAUCUUGACAAUCACAAUCUAUCAGAGCAUAGUAAGAAAAAUCUCAUCCAAAUGCAAGUUUUUCCAUUAGAUACGAACAAUAUUAACGAUAAGAAGCACCAGUGUAAGCUUUGUAGUAAAGCGUUCAAUAUGCAGUCAACGUUGACGGAUCAUAUGCGAACUCAUACUGGAGAGAAACCAUUUUUGUGUUCGGUGUGCGGUCGAGGAUUUACACAGAAGACUAAUCUUGCACAGCACAUGCGAAGGCAUUUAGGAUUGAAGCCUUUUAAAUGUACGGAAUGUGAAAGAGGGUUCGUAUCAAAAGGCGAGUUAGACGCGCACACCCGCAAGCAUUCUGGAGCACAUCCGUUCGUAUGCGACGAGUGUGGCAACGGGUUCACCACGUCGAGUUCGUUAAGGAAACACAAACGGGUCCAUACUGGGGAGCGGCCGUAUGCCUGCGAUCUGUGCCCCAUGAAGUUUGCUGCCUCAGGUACCCUAAAAAGCCACAGACGAACGCACACCGGUGAAAAACCUUACCAGUGUUCAUACUGCGAGAAAGCCUUCGUCCAACGUCAAGAUCUGGUCUCCCACAUACGGUGCCAUACUGGAGAGAGGCCUUUUGUAUGUGUCCACUGCGGUCAAGCAUUCAGGAAGCCUUCUGCUUUAAAGGCACAUGCCAAGACACACAAGCAGCCGAUGCAGCCCGGACCAAUGAUGGCUUUGCAAGGUACUGGGUAG